AUGAUCUUCUUGAAUGGGCUCGCAUCGUUUUGCUUUCCGCAACCGACGCAACGAUGGGAUCGGGGGCUCUUCGCUAUCCUUCUCGACGUCGCUACCCUCUCGCUCGCGUUUUCCUUCUCGGCUGAUAUCCACCUCAAGUGGCUUCGCUUGAGGACCUCCCCGCGCAGGGUUGUCUUUCCUCAACGUUGCGGAGGACUCCGUGAAAGCGCGAGAUCCAGCGACCUUUUCAUCUUCCCGCUUCACCUCCUCACCUUUGGUACGAUUGGCAAAGUCUUUUCCGUCAGUGGGGAGAGGAGAAACUAA